AUGACUGGAGUCUUUGACAGUCUGGUGGCUGAUAUGCACUCGACCCAGAUCACGGCCUCCAGCACAUACCACCAACACCAGCAGCCCCCGAGCGGCGGCGGCGCCGGCCCGGGCGGCAGCAGCAGCAGCAGCAGCAGCAGCAGCCUGCACAAGCCCCAGGAGUCGCCCACUCUUCCGGUGUCCACAGCUACCGACAGCAGCUACUACACCAACCAGCAGCACCCGGCGGGCGGCGGCGGCGGGGGGGGCUCGCCCUAUGCGCACAUGGGUUCCUACCAGUACCAUGCCAGCGGCCUCAACAACGUCCCCUACUCCGCCAAGAGCAGCUACGACCUGGGCUACACUGCAGCCUACACCUCAUACGCGCCCUAUGGGACAAGUUCGUCCCCAGCCAACAACGAGCCUGAGAAGGAGGACCUCGAGCCUGAAAUCCGGAUAGUGAACGGGAAACCAAAGAAAGUCCGGAAACCCCGUACCAUCUACUCCAGUUUCCAGCUGGCGGCUCUUCAGCGGCGUUUCCAAAAGACUCAAUACCUGGCACUGCCUGAGCGAGCGGAGCUGGCGGCGUCUCUGGGCCUCACCCAGACUCAGGUCAAAAUCUGGUUCCAGAAUCGUCGGUCCAAGUUCAAGAAGAUGUGGAAAAGCGGUGAGAUCUCUUCGGAGCAGCACCCUGGGGCCAGCGCUUCGCCACCUUGCGCUUCGCCGCCAGUCUCGGCGCCGGCCUCCUGGGACUUCGGCGCGCCGCAGCGGAUGGGGGGCGGCGGCCCAGGCAGCGGCGGCAGCGGCGCGGGCAGCUCGGGUUCCAGUCCGAGCAGCGCGGCCUCGGCUUUUCUGGGCAACUACCCGUGGUACCACCAGACCUCGGGCUCGGCCUCACACCUGCAGGCCGCAGCGCCGCUGCUGCACCCCACACAGACCCCGCAGCCACACCACCACCACCACCACCACGGCGGCGGGGGCGCCCCGGUGAGCGCGGGGACGAUUUUCUAA